AGUUUUCAGCCAAACUCCAUUUUUUUAGACUCCCGCCGCCACUAAAAGAAUGGGCUGCUCCGCCUUCUUCACCGUCCCCGGCACCUCCGUCAAUCCGAGGUCCCGCUUCUCCACAUUCGUCGUCAGAUCAUCCGCCUCUGAUCUUCCCCACACUUCGGCAUCGCCGCCGCAGCCCGUCAAGCAGUACCACAACAUCCGCGAAGAAGCCCGUCUUCACAACAACUCAAUCGCUAUCUCCACCGACCACCCACGCUUCUCCGCCAAGUACGUUCCGUUCACGGCCAUCGCAGAUCCUUCGUCUUCCACGGAUGAGUCAUACUCUCUAGACGAGAUCGUAUACCGAUCCCAAUCUGGCGCCCUCCUCGAUGUCCACCAUGACAUGGAUGCUCUCAAGCACUUCGAUGGCCAAUACUGGCGUUCCCUCUUCGACUCCCGUGUUGGAAAGACCACCUGGCCCGUCGGCUCCGGCGUCUGGUCUAAGAAGGAAUGGGUCCUCCCUGAAAUCGAUGACGAUGAUAUCAUCUCUGCUUUUGAAGGUAACUCUAAUUUAUUCUGGGCUGAGAGAUACGGGAAAGAAUUUAUGGGUAUGAACGAUUUGUGGGUGAAACAUUGUGGGAACAGUCAUACGGGAAGUUUUAAGGACUUGGGCAUGACUGUUUUGGUGAGUCAGGUGAAUAGAUUGAGGAAACUGAAAAAGCCUCUUGUCGGGGUCGGUUGUGCAUCUACCGGAGACACCUCUGCAGCAUUAUCAGCUUACUGUGCGUCUGCCGGAAUUCCUUCUAUUGUUUUCCUGCCUGCUAAUAAGAUUUCUAUGGCGCAGCUUGUGCAGCCGAUUGCAAAUGGUGCUUUUGUUUUGAGCAUUGACACUGAUUUUGAUGGGUGUAUGCAGCUGAUUAGGGAAGUGACGGCUGAAUUGCCUAUUUAUUUGGCGAAUUCACUGAAUAGUUUGAGGCUGGAGGGGCAGAAAACGGCUGCUAUCGAAAUCUUGCAGCAGUUUGAUUGGGAAGUUCCGGAUUGGGUUAUUGUUCCUGGUGGAAAUCUUGGUAAUAUUUAUGCCUUUUACAAAGGAUUUCAUAUGUGUAAAGAAUUGGGGCUUGUUGAUAGGAUUCCUAGGCUAGUGUGUGCUCAAGCAGCCAAUGCUAAUCCGCUUUACUUGUAUUACAAGUCUGAAUGGAAGGAGUUUAAGCCUGUGAAAGCAAAUGCUACUUUUGCUUCUGCCAUUCAGAUUGGUGAUCCUGUUUCUAUAGACAGAGCUGUGUAUGCAUUAAAGAAUUCAAAUGGUAUUGUUGAGGAAGCUACCGAGGAGGAGUUGAUGGAUGCCAUGGCGCAAGCUGAUUCUACUGGUAUGUUCACAUGCCCUCAUACUGGUGUGGCAUUGACAGCCUUGAUUAAGCUCAGAAGAAGUGGGGUUAUUGGUCCCAUGGAUCGGACUGUGGUGGUGAGCACUGCUCAUGGGUUGAAAUUUACUCAGAGCAAGAUUGAUUAUCACUCUAAGGAUAUCAAGGAUAUGGCUUGCCGGUUUGCUAACCCUCCGGUUCAAGUGAAGGCAGAUUUUGGGUCAGUGAUGGAUGUUUUGAAGAAGUAUUUAUUGAGUAAGGCAAAUUAGGCACUAAUGAGCAUGUUAGUUUUGCUCAUGUCACCUCAUUCUAGCUUGUUUUGGGGCAUUGACAUUGUUUUUCAUUUUCCCUUUUUCCGUUCUUGGGAUGGUGAGGGUGUCCUUGGACCAAACAUUGUUACUUCAUUGUUUGGAGCAUUUCUAGUUAGUAUUUGAAGUUAUCUGAAUUGUAGCUCACGGUAGGGAAAACUAUGUAUUGAACUAUGGCAGCGCAUUGCCAAUUUUGGAUGAGCUUGUCAUUAUUUUAAUUUAAUGGCAUUUUUGUUUCUU